AUGCAUUCCAAGAUCAUCCUGUUGCUCGGUGUUUGCGUCGCUGCCUCCAUACUGCAGACGGCUGACGCACGCACUACCGGGCGCAACCCUCGUAAGCACGAUCAUGGGCAUAGGCAGCACCACGGCCACGACCACCACAAAGACCAUUCGCACUAUAGUCGCCGCUUAGAAGACAAGGACAACAAGGACGACAAGGUCACGGAGUCAUCCAAGUACACCAGUAGCUACGGCAAAUACGAUUAUGGCUGCGACGACUAUGGCCACGACGACUAUGGUCACGACGACUAUGGUCACGAUGACUAUGGUCAUGAUGACUACAAACGGAAGGGCCACGGCUACGACGACCAUGACUACAAGGGCUAUGGCGUUGGCUACAGCUACAGCUACAAGAGCUAUGGCAAGGACUACGAUGACUACAACGACGACUACUACGGCCACGGCAAAAACUACUACAGCUAUGACAAGGGAUACGGCAAGAAGGACUACGACUACUACCCUGACUACUACUCGUCGUACAGCGGUGGCUAUGGUUAUGAUGGCUACUAUAACAACGGAUACUAUCCCGAUUCCUACUCGUCCCAUGGCUACGGUGACAAAAAUGGCUAUGGAUACUACCCAGAUUACUACUCGUCCUAUGGCUACCCUAGCUACGGUUACGGCUACGAUCACGGCAACAGCUACGGCUAUGGCAACCCCUCCUACGGUCUCGGAUCCCCGGGAUUCUUCGACUACGAGUCUGCUGCAUCGGACGCUGGCACGGACAGCACUCCGAAGGAGCAGGGCUCGGACGCGGCCAAGAGUAAGUCGGAGAAGAAGGAAGACAAGCCCAACGUUGAGAAGAAGGAAAACAAGUCGAAUGCCGCGAACAAGUCGAAGGGCAAAUAA